AAUCACUCUCUCUCUCUUUUCUUGCUUUUGUUUUUUAAUCUUUAAUUUUCUUUAAUAUAAUUUUUAUUAUUUUUGGUGUGACAAUCUAAUUUUCUUUAUAAAUAAUCUUAAUCGUAGCUUCCGUGCUUUACAUAAAUUUCCAUCGUUUGACUCUAAGACUCCAUUUUCCCAGUGUUUCUCAUUCUCAAGCUGCUUAAGGAUUGAAGCAAUUUGAAUUUGGUUCUUUUGUUUUAUCGAUUUGGGAUUUUGGGUUUUUUUCUUUGUUCUUCCUUCUCCCCGCUUUGUUCAUAGCUGGUUCUUGAAUAGGUUGUUUUAGAAGAAAAAGGGAAGUGUGGCGAUUUUCAUUGAAGAAAGAACACUAUGCGGUGGUGGUUGAGUCUUUCCGUAGAUGUGUUUCGAAAAUUUAUCUCUUUGAACUUAUAUUGUAGAGUGAUUCUGUAAUUGCAUAAUCUAGAUUAGCAAGAACCCUAUUUUUGUACUCCCUUUCUUUUUAUUAUUCUUCCAUGGGAUCCACCUUUUUCGUUGUUGUUCCGUGUUAUGUUCGACAGAUUAGUUGAAAACCUUCAAACCCUUCCUCAAAUUCCUAAAUCUAGAGUUAGUCUUUUAUUUUGAUAGGGAUAGUUUUUGUAGUGACAUUUUGAGUUUUUGAUUGAUUGUGGAUUUUUGCCGAUUUUAAACACGUCGUCGUGCGGAAGAUAUCUCGUUUUCUGUCAUAUUGAAGGGUUGGAACGUAGUUAUGGUGUGCCAAGCAGCUAGCCAAACAAGAUUCCGGGCAUUGAAGUACGAAAAUGGUAUUGCAGGGAGUGCCACCAUUGUAGUUAGAGUCAUUGCAUGCUUUCAACCUCUUCAGGAUUGCCAGGCUGAAUAUUUCCGUCAUUUGCUUAAGCCCGUUACGUAGAUUAGUUUUACGUUCCCGCAUUCAAGUUAAGCUGGAGUUUUUAGUUUUUUCGCUUGUUUUUGAGAGAAACUUCAAGUAAACAGCUAUUUCUACUGCUACAGCAUUUGAAUUCUGGCAAUUGUUCUGGUUAGAUGGGAGAAGGCUGUGGAUCCUGGUUUCCUUUGGCUUGGCAAUCACACAACAUGAAUCCUUUGGCCGCUCCACCUCCUUUGGGGCAGCAAAAUGCUAAUCCUCUGUUCAUAAACUCUGGCACUAAGAUGGUCUCCACCAGGGGGACUUUGCCGGUUUAUGGAUAUCAUGAUUUACCUCACUUGCGGAUUGGCCAAGUUAAUGAACCCCAGGGCUGGUUUCACUGUUCACCACGCUUUCAACAGGUCUUUGCACCUUCUUCAAACACUUUUUUGAAAGAACAACUCCCAGCUAACCCUUAUGAGAAUCUUACGGAAAACAUUGUCCCAAAGGCAGGAUCUGGGUGUCCUCAGAAGAGAUUCCUUGUUUUUGACCAAUCUGGUGGUCAAACUACCCUGAUCUUUAGUUCUGCUUUUGGGACUCCUAUCAAGUGCAGUUCUUUGGGUCCCAAUUUGCCUUUUGGUUGUAACUUGAAUAAGGAGGAUCCCAUGGCUACAGUGAACCCGAAUCUUCACCCUGGACCAAUAUCUAAAGAUGUAUUUGAUGACAAUGAGACUGACGUGCAAAGUGAAAUGCAUGAGGACACUGAAGAACUCAAUGCUCUGCUUUACUCCGAUGAUGAUAGUGAUUAUACGGAGGAUGAAGAAGUGACAAGCACGGGUCACUCUCCUAGCACAAUGACAGCUCACUGUGAGCAAUUUGAGGGAGGUGCUGAAGGGGUUGCUAGCUCGAGUGGUCUAACCAAAAAGCGAAAACUGCUCGAUGGCAGUAAUGAUGAUACGCCAUUGCUUAUGGACAAUACUAGUUCGUUGAAUCAUUGCAGAUGUUCCGAGCAAGAGGAUGAUGCAGAUUCCAGUUUUGCCAAUGGCCAAAAUCUAAGAUCCGAUGGUAUGCAUUUAUCUUCAGGCAACAAGAGAAUGAGAAUGGAUAAAAUUCGUGAGACUGUGAGUGUAUUACAAAGCUUAAUUCCUGGUGUAGAGGGCAAGGAUGCAAUCGUGGUUCUUGACGAAGCCAUUGAUUACUUAAAAUUCCUGAAACGCAAAGCAGAAACCUUGGGACUUAGUAGUCCAUGAGUUGCCACUAUUCAUAUUAGCAGUGUUAGUUAUAGCAUCUGUCAUUAUUAGUCAUUGUUAACGGAGGGAACUAAAUAAAUGAAGUUUACGCAGUCGUGGUUGGAGUUGCAUGCAUUACACAUAAUCCAGAGAUGAAUAUCCGAAGAUAGUCGAGAGGGAACUCAAACCCCAUUGUAUAUUUCAUGAAUGAUUUGAGCUGGAAACCAUUACUUUUGGUUUGAAAUCUCUCAAUAUCUGUAGAAAGCAGGAUAGUGAAGGAUUGUGAAUGAUUAGUCUUGGGGUUUAGAGAAAGCAGCAGCACUCACCUGGGUGAGAAGAUUGGGUUGUUGAAGAGGGGACCCUCAUAAAGGGUGGGCUAAAUGCACGCUUCUUAAAUGGUUUGGGUCCCAAUAAUCACUUUGUUCACCCUUUAUUGUAGUGAUUGUCAAGUUUUAAUCCUUGUGGCUUUCCCUUUUUCUUUGAUGUAGAAAACUGCACGAGCCAAUCUCCCAUUUCAUCAUCCAACAACUUGUCUGAUGGGGCCCCUAGAUAUUGUGAGUUGUGUUGCUUCGGCUUUUGAACAUGGGUAUGAAAAUAUGAUCUCGAACGCCCUUUGAUAAAUCUAAACAUGCUCAUGUUCAAUAUAUACGGAUGCAGCUGAGUACGGAGUAACAUUCACGGAUUACUUGUAUUUGUUGUUGUGGUAUGCUGCGUGUAUCAUAUGGGUGCUGUUCAACUUUGAGAUCGUAAAUUGUAAUGCUUGGAUGGGUUUAAGCAAUGGUUGGAUGUAAUAUAAAUUUAUAAAAUGGGUGUGGUGUGAUGUUAUCAAUUUAUUUUGUAAUUGCGUUGCAUGCACGUAUCUAUGCAUGGGACAAGGAUUGUGUUAAGGCCGAGACUCUUGGCUUAGGUCCUUGCAACGCCCCUCCCCUCUGGAAUAGUGCGAACAUUUCCUGUUUUAUUCCCAGUUUUAUCUACGCAAUUUUAGUACAA